AGAGAGCGCUGGGAGCCGGAGGGGAGCGCAGCGAGUUCUGGCCCGUGGUCAAGCAGUCCAGGGGGCUGGAUGGCAUGCUGGACCCCAGCUCAGCUCAGCGUCCGGACCCAAUAACGGCUUUUCCAAGGGAGCAGCUUUCUCUCCUGGCCACACUGAGGUGCAUAGCGUAAUGUCCAUGUUGUUCUACACUCUGAUUACAGCUUUUUUGAUCGGCAUACAGGCAGAACCAUACCCAGAGAGCAAUGUCCCAGCAGGACACGCCAUCCCCCAAGCCCACUGGACUAAACUGCAGCAUUCCCUUGACACAGCCCUCCGCAGAGCCCGCAGCGCCACUGCUGGGGCGAUAGCUGCGCGGGUGGCAGGGCACACCCGCAACAUCACUGUGGACCCCAAACUUUUUAAGAAGCGGCGACUCCGUUCACCCCGUGUGUUGUUUAGCACCCAGCCCCCACUCCUCACUGCGGACUCUCAGGAUCUGGACUUAGAGGUCAGUGGCGCUGCCCCCUCGAACAGGACUCACAGGAGCAAGCGGUCAUCGUCCCACCCCGUCUUCCACAGGGGGGAGUUCUCUGUGUGCGACAGUGUCAGUGUGUGGGUUGGGGAUAAGACAACUGCCACAGACAUCAAGGGCAAGGAGGUGAUGGUGUUGGGAGAGGUGAACAUUAACAACAGUGUAUUCAAACAGUACUUUUUUGAGACCAAGUGCCGAGACCCCAAUCCUGUGGACAGCGGGUGCCGGGGCAUUGACUCAAAGCACUGGAACUCGUAUUGUACCACAACGCACACCUUCGUCAAGGCGCUGACCAUGGAUGACAAGCAGGCUGCCUGGCGGUUCAUCCGGAUCGACACCGCCUGUGUGUGUGUGCUCAGCAGGAAAGCAGCGAGAAGAACCUGACCUGCCGACACCCCCCACCUGCCCCCUCUUCACUCUCCUGGGCCCCUCCCUACCUCAACCUGUAAAUUAUUUUAAAUUAUAAGGACUGCAUGGUAAUUUAUAGUUUAUACAAUUUUAAA